AUGGCAAAGAUUCUUAGGAGAACCCUACGAUUCUUUCCCGAUGUCGCGGACGCCAGGACCCCGUUUCACAAGACUACCGAUGGAGUGCCUGGGGAGAGUUUACACCUUGUUCUCGUUCCUGUGGUCUCGGGAUCCAGUCCCGUCACCGCACCUGCUACGAGUACGGUAUGGUCCACCGCUCUGUGUUUCAGGCCAAACCCACAACGCGUGGAUGGAGAGAACUGUCGAGGGCCAACGCGAGCUUACCAAACCUGCAACACCCAGCCCUGUCCAGUGGGUUCCCGUGACUUCAGAACAUUGCAGUGCUCAUUUUUCAAUGGUCAGCGUUACAAAGGCCGAAUGUAUCAGUGGAAUCCCUAUUACAGUAGCUCAGAGUCCAGACACCACAAGAGAACAUCGAAUAAAGACGCAUGCGCACUCGUUUGUUAUGCCAACAGUCCCCGGCCAAUCGUCGUGAAGUUCUCGCAGCGCGUGGUUGACGGAACUACAUGCGGUAAUAAACCCAAGAGUGUGUGCGUCGCCGGAAGUUGUGUGCCCUUAGGGUGCGACAAUCGACUGAACUCUCAGCUGGAGGUGGACCGGUGUGGUGUGUGUGGAGGUGAAAACAGAAACUGUGCGUCCAUCGCAAAGACAAUUUCUUUCAACAUUAAAUCAGGAUAUACUGAAUUGUUGGAAAUACCAAGAGGUGCUCGACAUAUCAAAAUUGCUGAACGGCCAAAAUCAAGAGUCACUUUGGCUCUGAAAAACAAAGCAGGUAUAUUUUUCUUCAACGCACGCCCGUCCAGGUCUCACACGACGCAAACGAAACUGGUUGCAGGCGCCAUAAUGUAUUAUUAUCACCCAAUUCACAGCGGAGAACUCUUCAGAGCCGAAGGACCGAUAAACGAAUCACUGAUGGUCGUGGGAUUUUCACACAAACAGACCAGCCACGUGACUCUGUCUUACGAAUACACACACAUAAAGCCAAGGUCAGUACAACACGGCAAGAAAACCAGCAGCAAAACCAGCAGCAGCAGCAACAAGGGACGGUCUAGUUACCCCUGGCAGUCUCUAUUGUACCAGCAGGUCCUCUCCGGCAAGGGCAUGGUAGGGCCAAAACCUAAAUCACCCGCGUCACGCUUACCAUCAGUUAGUUCACACCAUAAUCACUUUAAUACAUCUUCAUGGAUAAGAGUUGACGAUGUACAUUCUUCAGGAAGUAAACCUAAAUUAUUUGAUGCAUCUAAAACGCCAGUUGUUACCAACGAGAGACGUUACGACAGCAGUCCUCCAAGACAAACACAUCCAGGCAGAAGGACAAAACCGCGAGUUGAAAUGACAACGGUUAAAGAAGUUGUUCGGGAAGUUGCUCGGACACGGGAAACGGAGACUAAAAGAUUCUUGAAUAAUCAGGACAGAGGAGACGAAACUCAAAGGCGGGGUAAAGAAGAGAUUCGAAGAAAUUCCAAGUUUAACGCCAACCCAAACCUAAACGCAAACCACGUGCCCAAAUUGCACAGGAAGAGGAACAGAAAGGAGAAGAAGCAGAACCGGAAGUCAACAGCUUUAGAACAUCUGAAGCAUGACGAAGUUCCGGUGUUCGUUCCACGUCAGACGAGUGAACCGAGACACGGGAAACAUCACGGUGCCAUGCACUCCAGUAACACAGGGCGCGUGGAUCCACAGGCAAAGAAAGUACACCACAGAGAACGCACACACAGCGCUAGAAAAGAGUCGGGAAGACAUCGCGUGUCGGAGGAUUUCGUCUGGAGACCCAACAAGAUCACACCUUGCAGUUCCACCUGUGAGCCAGGGGUCCAAAUGAACUUCUUCAGCUGCUUUAACAAUAUUGGAAAUGAAGUGAGUGAUUCCCACUGCGACCAGGAAAGCAAACCGGAGUCGUCUCACCACGCAUGCACCAGACAACCCUGCACACCCAGGUGGGUAACGAGCACGUGGGGUUCUUGCCUGGCGAGCUGUGGUGACGGAGUUCAGACCCGCACAGUUCGCUGCUGGCAGAUGAUGGGCCCUGGGUUCGACAGCACGGUGCACGACUACAGGUGCAGCUCAAGGACCAAGCCGCCCACCGAGCGGCCGUGUCGGGACACCAGCGCGUGCGAGGCUCGCUGGGAGAUAUCGGGGUGGGACAAGUGCUCUUCCGAGUGUGGCUAUGGGAUUCAAACACGUCACGUGCUCUGCAACUACGCGAACGCUGUGUGUGACGCAGACCAGAAACCAUCAGAAGAACGAUCAUGUCGGAAUAAACCCUGCAUCAACCAGUGGUAUUCGUCAGCAUGGUCUUCGUGUUCUGGCACGUGUGGUGUACGGUACAGGAAGGUAUACUGCCGUGACGUCAGAGGUCGGAUACUGGAGGAUACAAACUGCGACUUCAACACCAAGCCUUUGACAGUUCACGCCUGUGGAAAGUGCAAACAUAACUGGGUGCCUCAGGAGUGGGGAGAGUGUUCGGUGACAUGUGGCGAGGGUGUUAAAUCCCGCCGCGUGAUUUGCGGCUCCACCCGAAUCAACAAGUUCCACAUCCAGCCAGACAGUUACUGCCAGGCCAUACCGCGGCCAAAGACGGUCAGCAAAUGUCGUGGUCCGCCCUGUGGGUCCACAUGGUACACCACGGAGUGGUCGGAGUGUUCUCAAACCUGCGGACGUGAUGGUCUUAAAACCCGAGACGUCCGCUGCCACAACAGAGAUGGUAUUCCGGACUGUGACUACAGAUCCAAACCACAUUCCACGGACAAGUGCAAUCUUCCACCCUGUCAAGAUAAAGCAUGUCGUGAUGACGGGGUUACCAAGUGUCACCGGGUGGUGACUGCCAACUUGUGUUCUCAUUGGUUCUACCAGGACGCGUGCUGCGAAACAUGCAAAAACAUAUCAUAAAUUAUGUUAAUGUGUUGUACUAAUUAUUGAUUUUCUUUCUGCUUUGUAGUGUAAUAAUAAAUUUUUUAUUUUAGUCGUGUUAAAAGUGCUAGUGAAUUAAAAAAAAAAAUGACAGCAGGACAUGUUGAUUACACUUCGAGUCUAGACUAAAGUGAUUGAUGAAGUGUUUUUAAGCCUGUCAUAUGUGUUUUCGUGAUUACCAUCCUUACAUAAGGUCCAAUUUCAUUCAACCACAGAUGUUGUAUAAUGUGUAAGUUGUCAGUAGUUUAAAAACAACAACUUUGGGCUUCAUUUCUCUUGAUAUAAUUAUAAUACAUAUAUCCAUACGUACGUACAUACAUACAUACAUACAUACAUACAUACAUACAUACAUA